AGAGGCCGCGAUGUCCGCCCCCAGGAAAGGCUUCUACCGCCAGGAGAUCACCAAAACCGUCUGGGAAGUGAGGGAGCGCUACCGAGAGCUGCAGGCGGUGGGCUCCGGAGCUUACGGCGCCGUCUGUUCAGCUAUUGACCAGAAAAAUGGAAGCAAGGUGGCUAUCAAGAAAUUGUACCGUCCAUUUCAAUCAGAGCUUUUUGCCAAGCGAGCUUAUCGGGAACUGCGCCUUCUGAAGCACAUGAAGCAUGAAAAUGUAAUUGGGCUUCUAGAUGUCUUCACACCAGAUCCUUCACUGGAUAAAUUUAAUGACUUCUACCUUGUCAUGCCAUUUAUGGGAACAGACUUAAGUAAAAUAAUGAAGCAUGAGAAACUAACUGAAGAUAGGAUCCAGUUCCUGGUCUACCAGAUGUUAAAGGGCCUAAAGUAUAUCCAUUCAUCUGGCAUAAUUCAUAGAGAUUUAAAACCUGGAAACCUAGCGGUUAAUGAAGACUGUGAGUUGAAGAUUUUAGAUUUUGGGCUGGCAAGACAUACAGAUAGUGAGAUGACUGGCUAUGUGGUUACUAGGUGGUAUCGAGCCCCAGAAGUUAUACUUAAUUGGAUGCAUUAUACACAAACAGUGGAUAUCUGGUCAGUGGGGUGUAUAAUGGCUGAGAUGGUGACAGGAAGGCCCCUUUUCAAGGGCAAUGAUCAUCUGGACCAGCUUACAGAAAUUAUGAAAGUUACAGGCACACCAACUCAGGAUUUUGUUCAGAAACUACAAAGCCAAGAUGCAAAAAAUUAUAUCAAAAACCUUCCACAAGUACAGAAAAAAGAUUUUGCUGCCAUUUUGAAAAAUGUAAACCCUUUAGCUGUAAACUUGUUGGAAAAGAUGCUGGUGUUAGACCCAGAGAAGAGAAUAACAGCAAGUGACGCUUUGGCACAUUCUUAUUUCGAAACCAUUCAUGAUCCCGAAGAGGAAAACAAAGCAGAGAAAUAUGAUGACACUUUUGACAACAUGGAUCUGCCCCUGGAUGAAUGGAAGUGUAUCACGUAUAAAGAAGUUGUAAACUUUAAGCCACUUCAGUUGUCCGAGUCAAAAGAAACAGUAGUAUAACCUCAAGUUGUGUGUUUGUUUAAAAACUGAGUAAAUAAAAGAGACUGUAAAUGUUAUGUAAAUGUAUAUGUA